GCAGGCAUGUAUUUCCUACACUCAUAUACCAAAGAUGGCUAUUUUCUGUAUUGUAACGCAAUGUAGUCUGGCAGAAGUUUAGCAAUGUGUCAGAAGUCCUCGCUACCUCCAUAAUUGGGGCACCGUUGCAGACAAAACGGCAAUACAAACCAUAAAGUAUCCAUUUGGUAUUCACAGAAAAAACUUAGCAUUGUUAAUCAUUACUGACUGCACAUACCGAACGAGGUCAUAGAUGAAAUAAAGUGAAGAUUUUUAGAUGAAUGUAAUAAGGAAAAUUUUGUAGACGUUUUUAAGGACGUCGAACUUUACUUUACACUACUCCUACGAGAUUGGUUAAGAAGUGUGGAAAAAAAUAUGAACUAUGGGAAAGAAAAUUGAGGUUAUGUCUGAAUGUAGGAGUUACAUAUCUCAGGACUCAAACUGAAGUGUAGAAAAACAAUGGCACGGCGCAUGAAACAGAGGAGGAAGCAAAAUCAAGUAAAGAUUCACAAAUCACGAAAGGAAUUGAGGAAAGAACAAAGGAAACUUAAGAAAGAAAAAAAGAAUGAAUUCUUUCAGAGGAGGAAAAAUAAAUCUGAAAAAUCUGUUGUUGAAAAUGCUGAACAUGAAGUGCAAAUGAAGAGCAAUGCAGAUAUGUCUGUCUGUAAAAGUAAGAAGAAGAAAGUUCAGAAAAAUUAUAGUGAAAGAGAAAGACAUCAAAAAUUGCAGGUGGACAUGAAGAAUCAACGUAUGAAACAGCUAAAGGAAGCUAACCAACAGGAAGACAAAGUAAUUAGGAAGUUGGAAAAACAACUCAAGCUUAAUAAAAGGAAACUGAAAUCAGUUCCGAAGUCAUUCACAGCAGAUGGGUUGGACUAUUUGUUGGAAGUAUGUGAACCAAGUGAUAUGCAGAAUGCAACGGUGAUGGAUAUUACUUUACAUGAUUCAGGUUCACAAUUUACAGAAGAUUUAGCACUGAUCAAAGACAACACCCAAAAAGACAGCACUAGAAGAAGACAGAAUAACAUCAUCGUGAGCAACAGUGAUAACGACAGUGAUCCACGUGAAGGUGCCGAUAGUGACGAGACAGAAACUGAAGAAUUCGGGGAAGUGAUGAAUUUUGAAGACAGUGACAAUUCUGGAUCUGAUACUAUCCAGGUUGAACAAAAUUCCCAAAUGUCAUCAGAAUCUGAGUUAGACAGGAGAAUUAACAAACACGUUUUAAAAAUAAACACAAAGAAUUUAAAUAAUAAAGCGUUCAGUGAUGACUCUGAUGCUACUGUUGAACAUCUUAUCUCAGAGGAAAGGAAUUUGAAAAGGAAGAGAAAUGAAGUUUACGCUUGUCAAGUUUCAGACACUGAAAAACGUGAAGUUAGUAAACAGUUACUUGAACAUAAAAGGAAAUUUCAGAAAUGUAAAUUAACUGACAAGGAGAAAUGUGGUGAACUGGAGGAAAGCUAUAACAUGGAUAAUGAAAGAAGAAAUAUUAAAUUAACAAGGACAGAAAAGCAAAAACAUGAGUCAGCAAUUAUAAGGUUCAAAAAUGAUGUUGAUGGUGAUGAUGUUUGUGAAAAAGAUUCUGGUGAUAUAGUGGAGGAGGAGAAGGAGAGUGGGGAUGUUAACCGAUACUGGGAAGAUAUCUAUGGCAGAACUCGUGACAAGCAAGGCAAUGUAAUCAAGGCAAACACUGAGAGGUACGUUCCACCUCAUGUCCGGGGCAAUACAGUUGAUGAAGAUAGCAAGAAACAGCAACAACUGACACGAUUACGGAGACAAAUGAAAGGCUUAUUGAAUCGUCUGGCUGAGAACAAUAUGAAUACCAUUGCCUUACAGAUGGAAGAGCUGUACAUGUCUCACAGUCGGAACAACAUGAACGAGUCGCUGACAGACCUACUGUUUGAGUCACUGGUGUCUCAAGUCAUUACUCCAGAACGCCUCAUCAUGGAGCAUGCCAUGCUGGUCGCUGUGCUUCAUGCUAAUGUGGGCACUGAAGUUGGAGCUCACACAUUACAAGUAUUUGUUAGAAAGUUCGACAAGCAUUAUCGGCUUAAAGAAGAAGUUGAGAACAAACAGCUGGACAACAUCAUUUUAAUGUUGUCUCAUCUGUACAAUUUUAAGAUGUUCAGUGCUGUUCUGAUGUAUGAUAUCUUGGGAAAAUUAGCUGAGAGGUUUGAAGAGAAAGAAGUGGAAUUGAUCUUGCUAAUAUUGAGGAGCGUGGGUUUCAGUCUGCGUAAGGAUGAUCCUUUGGCACUCAAAGAAUUGAUCCUGAAGCUCCAACAGAUGGCAGGAGAAGCUGCUAAUUGUAAGAAUAGUACCCGUGUGAAGUUUAUGCUGGAAAUUCUGCUGGCUAUAAAGAACAACAACAUGGCAAAAAUUCCAAAUUAUGACCCCACUCACAGCGAACACCUCAAGAAACUAAUGAAGGGGAUUCUGCGAAAAGGAAACUAUAUCACUGAACUCAAGAUCUCGCUGGAUGACUUGUUAAAUGCUGAUGAACGAGGAAGGUGGUGGAUUGUGGGGUCAGCGUGGACAGGGUCUAAUCCAGGAAAGACAGGAAAACAGGAGCCAGACAACUGCACAAAACUUCAACAAAGCAAUGCGUACAGUCAGAAGUUGCUGGACCUUGCACGGAAGCACCGUAUGAACACAGAUGUGCGCAGGAAUAUUUUCUGCAUUCUAAUGACUGCUGAGGAUUACCUUGAUGCAUUUGAGAAGUUACUACAUUUGGGACUGAAGAACCAACAGGAGAGAGAGAUUGUGCAUGUCGUCAUAAACUGUUGCCUUCAAGAAAAGCAGUUCAACCCAUACUACUGUCAUCUGUCACAGAAGUUUUGUGAUUUUGACAGAAAAUUUCAGAUCACCAUACAGUGUGCCCUUUGGGACAGGUUCAAGGAACUUCAAAACAUGCCUUCUUUCCAAGUAACAAACCUAGCAAAGUUUCUUGUACAUUUGGUAAUUGAAAAAGGACUUCCACUUUCAGUACUUAAGGUUAUUCAUUUUGCAGAGGUGGAUCAGAUCACUGUGCGAUUCCUACGCCAGGUUCUUCUGGGAAUUUUGCUCACUGAUUCGGAAGAAGCAUUCCAGCAGGCCUUUCAGCGUGUAGCUGUUUCAUCUAAGCUGCAUCUCUUCCAAGAAGGAAUAAGGCUCUUCAUUCACCAUUUCCUGUUGCGCAAUAUGAAAUCAGUUCCACAAGAAGACAUGGAGAUGCUGCAGCAGCGAGCUAAGAUGGCAGAUAAAAUUCUCAGUUCAGCAGAAUCUAAAGUAAAAUUCUGAAUAACUGUCAUAGUAUUUGGCAUAUAUUAAUUGAUAAAUAAAAUGUUUCAGUUGAUUAAAUG